AUGGAUCUCUUAAGAAAUAUACCAGACGAGCUUAUUUGCCAUAUAUUGUCCUUCCUUACAACAAAGGAGGCUGCUUUGACAUCGGUUCUCUCCAAGAGGUGGCGCAAUCUGCUUGCUUUUGUCUCUAAUCUUCACAUUGAUGACUCUAUCUUUCUGCAUCCCGAAGAGGGUAAGCGUGACAGGAACGAAAUUCGACAGAGCUUCCUAGAUUUUGUGGGUAGAAUAUUGGCAUUGCAAGGUAAUUGUCCGGUUAAGAAAGUCUCCAUCAAGUUUCUAUUUAAGCUUGAUUCAGACCGAGUUGAUGGUUGGAUAAGUAAUGUGUUGGCACGUGGUGUUUCCGAACUUGAUCUGUCAAUCGAUUUGUGUAUGGAUGAAUACUUUCUGUUGUCUUCAAAACGUUUCGAGAGCAAGAAUCUAGUUAGGUUGAAAUUACACAGACUUUGUAUUGGCCAACGGGAAAAAACUGUUGGUUGGUUGGCUGGGGAGAUUUUCUUACCAAUGCUUAAAACUCUCGAACUUGAUUAUGUUGGGUUUUAUGGUGAUUUGUUGUUUCUUAGAGCUUUACCUGCGCUAGAGGAAUUAGUCAUUGUUGAUGCAUUCUGGUUCACGACCUUUACGGAUGUCACCGUGUCAAAUCCAAGCCUCAAGACCCUAACAAUGAGUUCCAAUAUUUAUUCAGGCAGUAUUUCAUUUGAUACACCUAGUCUUGUUUACUUUAGUCACUUUAAGUAUGUUGCUAAAGACUACCCCUUAGUUAACAUGGAAAACUUACUUGAGGCUAGGAUCAACCUUGGGGUAACUGAGGGUCAAAUCAGACGAGCAAGAGAGCCAAAUAACAAUGACGAGGUUGUUCUCCGGUUUCCAAAUGUGGGGAAGCUCAUGAAUGGCAUACGAAAUGUUCAGUGUCUAGACUUGUCUGCCAAUACUCUUGAGAUGCUUUCUCUAAGCUGUGAAUCAAUGCCAGUGUUCAAAAACCUCAAAUCUUUAUCUAUCAAGAGUGCCGAGAAUCGAGGAUGGCAAGCAAUGCCAGUUCUUCUGAGGAACUGUCCACAUCUAGAAACUCUAGUCCUUGAGGGUCUCUUGCACUUUGUCACAGAUAAAUGCGGGGAUGCUUGUGACUGCGUUUCUCGAGAGGAAAAAGGUCGUUCGCUCACAUCUUGUCCAGUAAAAACGUUAGAGAUUAAAGAGUUUCAUGGAACAAUGGAAGAGAUGUACAUGAUAACGCAUUUCUUGGACUAUUUUCCGUGUUUGAAGGAGCUAAAGAUCUAUAUUGAAGGGAAUGAUCAUGCACAGCGCGAAGUGUCUGAAGUUAUCGCGGAGAAGAUAAAACUCUACAACAAAUCAUCGAGUAGCAAUGUCCAGCUUAUGGUUAGUGGUUACCAUGAAUAA